AUGGCAUUUCAGAUUCAAGGGACAAUCUUUCCAGCUCCAAAUUUUGAUCCUGUAAUGGAUGCCCAGAUGCUAGGAGGAGCUCUGCAAGGAAUGGACUGUGAUAAAGAUAUUCUGAUUGAUAUUCUAACACAGCGCUGCAAUGCUCAGAGACUCAUGAUUGCUGAGGCUUACAGGAACAUGUAUGGCAGGGAUCUGCUAACGGACCUGAAAGAAGCUCUCUCACAUCAUUUCAAGGAAGUUAUGGUUGGACUGAUGUAUCCACCUGUAUCAUACGAUGCCCAUGAGCUCUGGCAUGCUAUGAAGGGCGCUGGCACAGAAGAGAACUGUCUCAUUGACAUAUUAGCCUCAAGAUCAAAUGGAGAGAUCUUCCAGAUGAAAGAGGCCUACCUAAUGCAAUACGAUAGUGACCUUCUUCAAGAUAUUUAUUCUGAGACCUCCGGACACUUUAGGGAUACCCUUAUGAACCUUGCUCAGGGAACCAGACAAGAAGGAUAUGCAGAUCCCGCUAUGGCUGCUCAGGAUGCUAUGGUCAUAUGGGAAGCAUGCCAGCAAAAAACUGGAGAACACAAAAACAUGCUGCAGAUGAUUCUGUGCAACAAGAGCUACCAGCAGUUAUGGAUGGUUUUUCAGGAGUUUCAGACUAUCUCUGGACAAGACAUAGUAGACGCCAUUAAUGAAUGUUAUGAUGGAUACUUUCAGGAACUACUGGUAGCAAUAGUUCUGUGUGUGAGAGAUAAAGCUUCCUAUUUUGCUUAUAGGCUUUACAAUGCAAUUCACGAGUUAGGAUUCCAUAACAAAACAGUUAUAAGGAUUCUGAUUGCCAGAAGUGAAAUAGACCUGAGGACCAUAAGACAACGGUAUAAAGAGAGAUAUGGAAAAUCACUAUUCCAUGAUAUCAAACAUUUUUCUUCUGGACAUUACGAGAGAGCAUUGCUUGCCAUCUGUGCAGGUGAUGCUGAAGAUUAUUAA